CAAAGGCUGAAGCUGCUCCCUUUGCCACAUUAUAACUAGUAGGGGAUCCUCACCGACCAUGGCCACAGCUGCCUCGAAUCCCUACAGCAUUCUCAGUUCCACCUCCCUAGUCCAUGCGGACUCUGCGGGCAUGCAGCAGGGGAGUCCUUUCCGCAACCCUCAGAAACUUCUCCAAAGUGAUUACUUGCAGGGAGUUCCCAGCAAUGGGCAUCCCCUCGGGCAUCACUGGGUGACCAGUCUGAGCGACGGGGGCCCAUGGUCCUCUACCCUGGCCGCCAGCCCCUUGGACCAGCAGGACGUGAAGCCCGGGCGCGAAGACCUGCAACUGGGUGCGAUCAUCCAUCACCGCUCGCCACACGUAGCCCACCACUCACCGCACACUAACCAUCCCAACGCCUGGGGGGCGAGCCCAGCACCGAACCCGUCUAUCACGUCGAGCGGCCAACCCCUCAACGUGUACUCGCAGCCUGGCUUCACCGUGAGUGGCAUGCUGGAACACGGGGGACUCACCCCACCUCCAGCUGCCGCCUCUGCACAGAGCCUGCACCCGGUGCUCCGAGAGCCCCCGGAUCACGGCGAACUGGGCUCGCACCAUUGCCAGGAUCACUCCGACGAAGAGACGCCAACCUCUGAUGAGUUGGAACAGUUCGCCAAACAAUUCAAACAAAGAAGAAUCAAGUUGGGCUUCACGCAGGCCGACGUGGGGUUGGCGCUGGGCACACUGUAUGGUAACGUGUUCUCGCAGACCACCAUCUGCAGGUUCGAGGCCUUGCAGCUGAGCUUCAAAAAUAUGUGCAAGCUGAAGCCCCUGCUGAACAAGUGGCUGGAGGAGGCUGAUUCGUCCACAGGGAGCCCGACCAGCAUUGACAAGAUCGCUGCACAGGGCCGCAAGCGCAAGAAGAGGACCUCCAUCGAGGUGAGUGUCAAGGGCGUACUGGAGACGCAUUUCCUCAAGUGUCCCAAGCCUGCCGCGCAGGAGAUCUCCUCGCUGGCAGACAGCCUCCAGUUGGAGAAAGAAGUGGUGCGUGUCUGGUUCUGUAAUCGAAGACAAAAAGAGAAAAGAAUGACUCCGCCAGGGGAUCAGCAGCCACAUGAGGUUUAUUCGCACACCGUGAAAACAGACACGUCUUGCCAUGAUCUCUGACUAGAGGAAGCGAGGAGGCGGCCGGCCGCACUGGGAGCAGCGCGGAUUUCUCUUUCUCUCUCACUCUUCCUCUCAUUCUAGCAUUCUUUAUUAUUUCUCUCUCUCUCUCUCGUUCACUCGCU